GAGGUAUCAACAUAAUGCUCUGUAGAUGACGAGAUGUUUACGUGCUUGCAUAAUCUCGGGAAGCCAGAAUGGUGUUGAGGUGAGGGCCUCACCUCAAGGUGAGGCUCGGUGAGCUGCGGGGUAAAUGUUUAAACACUUGCCGUCCACAUCCCGAUUGCAUUUGCCGAGCCGAAUCGCGUCGCUGCCAUGGACGGUUCCACCCGCUACCAUGUAAAUCUCUCUUCCGGGCGCUCGGCGCGAAGUCUCUUAUAGUUCUGUUGCCCGUAAGGCAUUCCCUCUGUUCUUCCCGAGUUCAUCCAAGAUCCUCCCCGGUGCUCCUAGCUUACCCCGCCAUCAACACCAACGGCUACAUCAUCGUCAUGUCGACUCCUGGGAUGCUGUACGUGACCAUGCAACCCCAGCCUGGGUUGUCUCUGGAUCAAUUUCACGAGUGGUACAACAACGAGCACGGCCCGACCCGCCUGCGCCUACCUGAGAUCUUCACCAACGGUCUACGAUACAAGGCGACCGACGGCCUGGAGCCGACUUUCCUCGCCGCCUACGACGUGACGUCCAUGUCGCACCUCGAGACCGAGACAUAUCUUACUCUGCGCGCGAACCGAUCUCCCAGAGAGGCGGAGACAAUUGGCCAGGUGGACGUGAAGCGCUUCUUCUUUGACUUGGUCCACACCAAGGAGGCGUCGCAGUUUGUCCCGCUCGAGAAGCUCACGGACGAGGAGGCCGAGGGUAUCCAGACCACUGCGGUUGAUAUAGAGCUGAAGGACGUCGAGGGAGCUGGAGAGCAGUACCAAAAGUGGCUGCUUGAGGAACACAUUCCGAUGCUUGCCAAGGUGCCCGGCUGGCUGCGCUCGCGCGUCUUCAAGACGUCGUACCUCGAAGGUGUGGCUAAGACGACUUACUAUGCGCUCCACGAUUAUGCCAAGGAAAAUGGCCAGGGCGGACCAGAGCAUAAGGCAUCCAUGGAUACUCCUUGGCGCACCGAGAUCUUCGACAAGUACGUCGCUGGCAAGGGCCGACGAACAUACUCCCUCUUCUACGUCUUUGGGCCCGCGCCUCGAGAGUUGUCUUCUCUGUCAAGACUGCCUUCAACUGCCGGUUUCACCUCUGCCGACGCGAAGAACACUACCAUCCCUGGUUCCAACGCUGCUGUUAUCUCAUACGUCACUGCUGCGGAUUCUCUCUCCAUCCCGUACCGUCUCGAGGGCAACUCUGAGCCUGGCGCUCCCACCGUUGCUUUCAGUAAUUCCCUGCUGACGUCCUUGAACAUGUGGGAUUCGUUUGUGGAAAUUCUCAAGCGAGAACGCCCUGAUUUGCGAAUCCUGAGAUACGACACCCGUGGACGUCAUGCAGUGCCUCAGCCACCAGUUGCAGCUACCCUCGACACACUGGCUGCGGACCUUCGAACCGUCCUCGAUGCCCUGCGAAUCACCAAACUACAUGCCCUGAUUGGAGUUUCUAUGGGUGGCGCAACCACCCUCAAUUUUGCCCUCACAUACCCGGAUCGUCUGGAGAAGUUCAUUGCCUGUGAUUUCAACACAACCUCCAGCCCUGCAAACACACAGGCAUGGAAAGAUCGAACAGCUAUUGCUGAAGAGGAUGGUGGAAAGGGAAUCGCAAAACUUGCAGGCCAAACGGUCCCGCGUUGGUUCCACCCCAUUACCAUGGAGCAGAAGACUGAUACCGUCAACUGGAUGACGGACAUGGUCGCUGCCAAUAGUGUAGAAGGCUUCAAAUACAGCUGCACUGCGCUGUGGGACUACGACUUGAAGCCCAAGAUGGGCGACUGCGCGGUACCUGGGCUAUUGGUUGUCGGAGAUGGCGAUGCAAAGGGCGCUCUCGUCAAGGCCAUGGAUGGAUUCAAGAGCCUGUUGGGUAGCAACGGUGCGGAGCUCAGGAUUGUUCCCAACGCUGGUCAUUUGCCCAUGUGUGAGGAUCCCCAGGCUUUCUGGGAGGCUGUUCGAGACUUUGUGUAGAUUUCCCCAAUAGAAGUUACAAUGCCAUUUGAUCAUGAUCAGAUGCACUGCUCGCGAUAGAUUAUGGACUAUAGUAGAAAUAUAUUGUUCGCGGAAGGGUUGCCGGGAUGAAA